AUGUAUCUAACACUAUUACGCUUGGCAUUUUUGAAAGAUAAGGGUAAAUCAAUUAUUAAGAGCAAGAUGAUAUGGAAACAUGUGAAAAGAGAAGGGCAAGUAAGUCUAUUUACGUUCAAUGUAUCAAACAAAGACAGGGACUUGCUUACCUGGUUGGGAAGGAAUAAUGUUCAUCAUUUCCCUAUUAUUUCAAGCAAGGAAUGUCCUAAACAAGAUCCUUCCAGUGUGGACAGCGGGAUUGCUGUGACGUACAUUAUCAAGCGAUUAUCGGAAGGUCUUGAAUUAGAGUCUACCUUUAAAAAAGGUGCCAUGACUCAGCAGAGAGCACAUGUUUUGGGAAGGUUCUUAAGUGACAACAAUGACGGUUAGGCUCAUCUUUGUGUAAGGAGUUUGGGAGGGACAAGAAUGCCAUUUGGAAGGCCUUUCAUCAGUUUUUAUGUCUUUUCUGGAAUGUUAAUGAUUGUGGAUGCUUAAAGUGAUCUUAUAUGUAUUUUUUGCAAUGUUUGAGAAUUUGUAUGAUUAAAGUGUGUUUCUUAAAACACGAUGGAUCGUGUGGAAAUCAUUUUAUUUCUGAAUAAAUUUUUUUU